UCACCCGCUCCGGGGUGCACAAGGGCCCAAGUUCUGCCUCUUGGGAUCUGGCCAUGGCGUCCGGCGGUCGGCGGGUGCUGGUGGUUGGUGGCGGCAUCGCGGGGCUGGGCGCAGCCCAGAGGCUCGGCUGUCACUCUGCAGUCCGGUACCUGCGGGUCCUGGAGGCCACUAACCGCGCCGGGGGCCGUAUCCGCUCAGAACGCUGCUUUGGUGGUGUGGUGGAGCUGGGUGCACACUGGAUCCAUGGUCCCUCCCAGGACAAUCCUGUUUUCCAGCUGGCUGCAGAAUUCGGGCUUUUGGGUGAGAAAGAAUUGUCUGAGGAGAACCAGCAGGUAGAGACUGGGGGGCAUGUUGGUCUGCCCUCAGUCAGCUACACCAGCUCUGGGGCAAGUGUGAGCCUGGAACUGGUGGCAGAGAUGGCUAGCCUGUUCUAUGGACUGAUAGACCAGACCCGAGAGUUCCUUCAAGCAGCUGAGACCCCAGUGGCUAGUGUUGGGGAGUAUCUCAAAAUGAAGAUUGGCCAGCAGGUGACCAACUGGACUAAGGAUGAAGAUACCAAGAAGCUCAGACUGGCUGUUCUGAACACCUUCUUCAAUGUGGAGUGCUGCGUGAGUGGCACCCACAGCAUGGACCUGGUGGCCCUUUCACCAUUUGGGGAAUACACUGUGUUGCCGGGGUUGGACUGCACCUUUUCUGGUGGUUACCAAGGACUCACCGACCGCAUAAUGGCCUCCUUACCCAUGGAUGCAAUGGUUUUUAACAAGCCUGUGAAGACUAUUCACUGGAACGGGUCCUUCCAGGAGUCAGCCUUCCCAGGGGAGACCUUCCCUGUGUUGGUGGAGUGUGAGGAUGGUGCCCUGCUCCCUGCCCAUCAUGUUGUCAUCACUGUGCCCUUAGGUUUUCUCAAAGAACAUCAGGACACCUUCUUUGAGCCACCACUGCCUGCUAAGAAAGCAGAAGCCAUCAGAAAAAUAGGCUUUGGGACUAACAACAAAGUCUUCCUGGAAUUUGAAGAGCCCUUUUGGGAACCUGACUGUCAGUUCAUCCAGGUGGUAUGGGAGGACACAUCGCCACUGCAGGACAUAUCCCUCUCACUUCAAGACACGUGGUUCAAGAAGCUCAUUGGAUUUUUGGUCUUGCCAACCUUCAAGUCUGUGCACGUGCUGUGUGGGUUCAUUGCUGGGCUUGAGUCAGAGUUUAUGGAGACUCUGUCAGAUGAAGAAGUGCUUCAGUCUCUAACCCAAGUGCUCCGGAGAGUGACAGGAAACCCACAGCUGCCAGUACCUAAGAGCAUACUGAGGUCUCACUGGCACAGUGCCCCAUACACCUGUGGUUCCUACAGUUAUGUGGCUGUGGGCAGCACUGGGGACGACAUUGAUCUGCUGGCUCAGCCCCUUCCUACAGAUGCCACUGAUGAUGACCAGUUCCAGAUACUGUUUGCUGGGGAAGCCACACAUCGGGCAUUUUACUCCACUACUCAUGGGGCCCUGCUGUCUGGCUGGAGGGAGGCCGACCGCCUCAUUCAUCUAUGGGACUCACAGGCACAGCAGCCCAAGCCCAGGCUUUGACUUCCCAUUGCUUUGCUACUCCAUGUGGGCAGACUGAGCCCCUCUUUUCUUCUGACACAUGAUUUUCAGUCUGGCUUGGGAUUUUUGGAUCUUACUGACAGCUUUCUUUUUGGGGAAGUGGUUACCUCAUUUCUCAAGUCUAUCCUUGGAGUCUGGCUUGGGCUAAACAGGAAGACAUGAGAUGCCUCACUAAUGAUGAAGCUACAUAUAUAAAACAGUUAACAUCA